AUGGGUCAGAAGCUUGCUGAGGUGGGGUCAGUUCUUGACAGUUGGGGCCGGGAGCGGUUUGGCGAUAUUCCUAAGAAAGUAGCUGAUAAAAAGAAAAAAUUACAGGAUUUACAGAGUAAGGUUCAGAAUGAACAAGUGGUCAAUGAAAUGCGUGAGGUGGAAAAAGACCUUGAUUUGCUUCUUGAGCAAGAAGAGAUUUUAUGGGCCCAACGCUCUAGGGCACUUUGGCUGAAGCAUGGUGAUCAAAAUACAAGAUUCUUUCACCAGAAGGCCUCUCAGCGUAGGAAGCGGAAUACUAUUGAUGAGAUUGCAGAUGAUAGGGGUACCAGGUGGAUUGAUGAUCCUAACAUAUCCAGGGUACUCACUGAAUAUUUUGUGGAGUUGUUUACUACCUCUAGCCCCUCUGAGAUUGAAGAGGCUACGGGUCUGGUGGCGGGGCGCGUGUCACCGGCAAUGGCUAACUAUUUGCUUGCCCCUUUCACAAGGGAAGAUGUGGAGGAAGCCUUAUUUCAAAUGUAUCCAAACAAAGCUCCUGGAGUUGAUGGUCUCCCUGCUCUCUUCUUUCAGAAGUUCUGGCACAUUGUGGGUGAUGAUGUGGCACACUUCUGCCUUCAGGUCCUAAGCGGACAUGUCUCUCCAGGUAACAUUAACCAGACCCUGAUUGUUUUAAUUCCUAAGAUUAAAAAGCCUAUGCAUGCGAAUCAAUUCAGGCCUAUUAGUUUGUGCAAUGUCUUAUUUAAAUUAAUUACAAAGACAAUUGCAAAUCGUUUGAAGCUUAUUUUGCCUGAUGUUAUUAAUGGACCUCAAAGUGCCUUUGUGCCUGGGCGUCUUAUAACAGAUAAUGCUUUGAUUGCCUAUGAAUGCUUUCACUUUAUGAAGAAAAAAUGCUCGGGCCGGAAUGGCCAUAUGGCUCUAAAGCUUGAUAUGUCAAAAGCCUAUGAUAGGGUCGAAUGGCCAUUUUUACAGAGUGUGAUGACCCAUAUGGGCUUCCCUCUUUCUUGGGUGAGACUUAUUAUGAGUUGUGUCACCACUAUUCGCUUUCAGAGGGAAAUAGCACGCUCUACCCUUUCUGGCAUUAAAAUUGCCCGUAAUGCUCCUGUGAUCUCACAUCUUCUUUUUGCAGAUGACAGUGUUAUAUUUGCGAAAGCAACCUUGGAGGAAGCGAAUUCUGUUCAACAAGUGCUUGCUUCUUAUGAAAAGGUUUCAGGGCAGGUCAUUAACCUUGACAAAUCAAUGCUUUCUUGUAGCCGAAAUGUGCCUAGUUCCCGCUUCGAUCAGCUCAAAAGGCUUUUGAAUGUAAAGGCGGUGGAAAGCUAUGAUAAGUAUUUGGGGCUUCCUACUAUUAUUGGUAAGUCUAAGACUCAAAUAUUUAAUUUUGUUAAGGAACGGGUUUGGAAAAAACUAAAGGGUUGGAAGGAGAGCUCUCUCUCCAGAAUGGGUAGGGAGGUUAUGGUGAAGGCUGUGGCCCAAGCCAUUCCUUCUUAUGUGAUGUCUUGUUUUAUGCUUCCUGAUGGUUUAUGUGCAGACAUAGAGCGGAUGAUUAGCAAGGAUUUCAAAGCUUUUAAUAUUGCUCUUGUUGGAAAAAAUUGGUGGCGCCUCCAAAGGCAACCAGAUACUUUGCUUGGCAUAUUGUUUAAGUCUGUGUACUUCCCUCAAUCAUCUAUUUGUGCUGCAAAGAAAGGUAGUCGUCCUAGCUAUGCUUGGACUAGUAUCUUUCGCACUAAAUGGGUGUUUGAGGAAGGGGCUCGUUGGAAGGUUGGCGAUGGGAAAAACAUUGAUAUAUGGCAUGACAAAUGGCUUCCGGAUGAUUCUCCGCUUAUCUGUAGGGAAGACCUUGCCCAGAGUGCAAACUUGACUAUGGUUUCGCAGUUGCUUUUACCUGGCACACAGGUGUGGAAUAGGGAUUUGGUGGAGAUGAUUUUUUGGCCUCCAAUAGCAAAAUUGAUUCUCCAAAUUCCCCUUGCGUUGACAGCUAAGAAUGAUGAGCUGUAUUGGCCCCAUACGGUUGAUGGUUUGUAUACGACGAAGUCAGGUUAUGGUUUUAUUAGGAAGCGGAAGAUUUAUCGCGCAGCGUCUUCUUUUAGUGCACAUAUUGCUCCUGUUAAGUUCUGGAAAUCUCUGUGGCAUGUCCAAGCUUUGCCUCGGUGCAAGGAGGUUGCUUGGAGGGCUGUGAGAGGCAUUUUACCAGUGAGGAAAUUGUUGCAAAUCCGUGGUGUUGAUGUGGACGCAAGCUGUCCUUUUUGCCAUGAUACUCCUGAAACGAUUGAUCAUGUGCUUCUCCAGUGCCCAGUUUCAGGUCGUUGGUGGUUCGCGAUGGUGGGUGGCUUGCGGGUGCAACCUACUAGCAUGGUCUUGAAUUUCUUGCAACAGAUUUUUGAGCUUCAUGACAGCAACUUGGAAGCUUUGUGUGUUUCGGUUUUGUGGGUGAUUUGGGAAGCUCGAAACCGUUGUGUGUUCCAAGGGGUACAGCCGCAGGUUGAUGAUCUGAUGGCCCGAUUGCAGAUGAUGGUGGCGCCCCCGCGUGCAGCAGCUCCUGUUCGUGAACGGUUUCUUCCGGCAGCUUGGAUCCGACCACAGCACGACAUCAUCAAGCUGAACUUCGACGGAUCAUGGAAGGAAGAUCAAGCUGCUGGAUUCGGUUGUGUGGGUCGCAAUGCACACGGUCUGGUUAUGGCAGCGGCGACGACAUUCCCCAUUGAUGCGCCCUCGCCUUUGAUCGUUGAAGCCUUGGCUUUCCGUUGGUCUCUUUCACUUGCCGCUGAUUUGUUCUUCAUGGAGAUCGUCUUGGAAACGGAUUGCCUCAAACUUUUUGACGCUUGGAAUAAGCCAUUACAUGGUGCUUCUUAUUUUGUUUCAAUUCUUAGAGAUUGUAAGGAUUUGGUUUCUCGCUUUCAUAGUUUUAGCUUUUCUUUUGUCCGCCGAUCCGGUAACUCUGUAGCUGAUCACUUAGCUAAGAACUCCUCAAAGUACCCCAAUUGUGUUUGGAUUGAGGAGGUUCCGCCGGAUUGUGCUCGUUUGGUUGUUUCUGAUCUCUUUGAUGUGGCGGUUGGUUUGGUUGCGCCAUCUUUAGAUGCCAUUGUUCCUGAUGUUCCUUUUGCUUCACUUCCUCGCAGUAGAGGGCGUCCAAAAAAGGUCAAGAGAAAUCGUAAGCCCCGUCAUGUGUCAUCGGUGACUUGUGUGGAUUCGGUUGCGGAUGAUGGUGGAGGUAUCUCCUCGAGUGCGAUCAUGCCCUCAGUUCGCCCUGCUUUGCUGGAUUCAGGGAGCGCUCCAGGUGGUCGUUACUGGACGCGAGCCAAGAAGACGUGGAUGAUUGGCAAGCUUGUGGGUUGUACUUGGUGGGGACGAGGUGGCUAUCCGCAGCUUGGCAUAAGAAAUGAAGGAGUGGUGGCCGCCCAUAGUGACGAUAUUGCUCUUGGUGUUGUCUUUGGUUCUAGUUUAGGUCUUUGGUUUUGCUUCCGUUGGUUUUUCUAUUUUGUUCAGGGAGGUUCUUUUGUUUAUAUUUUUUAG